UCCUGCUUGCACAACUGCAAACUCUCACUGGAACUCCUCCCUACGUUAUCCACUCCGCAUUCAUGAACCUGCCGGUGCCGGCGUUCCGCGCCUCGAGGCUCAGCAAUGGGGCAGUGCUUCUGGUUCUCCCACCGCCGUUCACUUCUUCUUCUUCGGCGGUGGCCUUCGGCGGCGUUCGAAGAACGUCGGUGAGGGUUGAGGCUGCUGGAGGAGUGAGGUUCGACGGGCCGGUGCCCCUAAACGGCGAUGUCGAGGAGAACGAAGUGGUUUUCGAGCACUGCGUCACGCGGACUCUGCCUCCGGCGCUGACAUUGCAGGAUGGACUUGACAAACUGAAGGAGGCUCUUGAAAUGUUGAAGGUGGCGCCGCCUCGUUGCUCUGCUGGGUUCCUUAGGUUUCAGGUGGCUGUGCCUCCAAGUCCUAAGGCGUUGAGUUGGUUUUGCUGUCAACCGGAGUCGUCGGGAGUGUUUCCUCUGAUUUAUCUAUCCAAGGACACGGACAAUCCGACAUGCAAGUCAUUGUAUGUGAAUGGAAGCCGUGGAGUUUUUGGAAUUGGUGCUGCUGUUUCUUUUGCACAUUCUUCUGAUGGGAAGCAGAGCUUGAUCAAAAGAUACAUCUCAACUGAUUCAACCCAUAUAGUUGCCUAUGGUUUUAUGGAUAUUAGUUUAGAUGAUGGUUUGGUUUCCGUGAGUCAUGAGGAUGGUUCUUUUUGCUUUUUUAUUCCUCAGAUUGAGUUAGAUGAGCUGGAAAGUGUUUCCAUUCUGACAAUGACACUUGCAUGGGGUGACUUUUCCUUCUCUACUUUUGAAGAUUCCUGUCAUUUGCUUGAAGUUUCUCUAAACCAGGUUAUAUGUCAUGUCUGGUCCCCUACUGGUUUGGGGAAGUCCAAAUGCAUAAGAGCUGCUCUCAGAAAACUCAAUUUGGUAGAAGAUAGAUCUAUUCCAAGGGUUUACAUCAACGAUAUUGCACCAGGAGGAAGAGAAAGUGUGGGUGACAUCAUGGAACUGAAAGAGUCUCCUUUUUCCAGUCAAUUCUGUGUCAGGCUUUCAGCAACUCUAGCUGUUUCAAAUAACAUGUUGGAUCAUGCCAGUGAAUUAUCUCACUCACUGAAUGAAAGUGCCAAUAUUAAUGCUGUUUGGGCGUCACUUAUAAUUGAAGAGUGCACACGACUUGGUUUAAUGUAUUUUUGUGUUGCUCCUGGAUCUAGAUCUUCCCCACUUGCUGUUGCUGCUGCAAGUCACAAUUUAAUCACGUGUGUUUCAUGCUUUGAUGAGCGUUCACUUGCAUUUCAUGCUAUUGGAUAUGGAAGAGGAUCUCACAUUCCAGCAGUAGUCAUAACGUCAUCAGGCACAGCAGUUUCAAACCUUCUUCCCGCUGUUGUGGAGGCAAGUCAAGAUUUUGUGCCGCUUAUUUUACUUACAGCAGAUCGACCUCCGGAACUGCUGGAUUGUGGGGCAAACCAAGCAAUUGAUCAGGUGAACCAUUUUGGUUCUUUCGUGAGAUUUUUCUUUAAUCUCCCUGCACCCACUGAUCAGAUUCCUGCAAAGAUUGUUCUUACUACUCUCGAUUCUGCUGUAAAUCGGGCAACUUCUUCUCCUUGUGGUCCUGUGCAUAUUAACUGCCCUUUCAGAGAGCCUCUAGAAAGCAGUCCCCUUAAAUGGUUAUCAAGCUGUUUAAAGGGAUUAGAUUACUGGAUGAGUAAUGCUGAACCAUUUACCAAGUAUAUCCAUAUGCGAUUUUCUGAUACGAGUAUGAAUGCUCCAGAUGAAAUGAUUGAAGUUUUGAAUCUGAUUCAAGGAGCGAAAAAUUGUCUUCUACUAUUUGGUGCAAUCCAUACAGAGGAUGAGAUGUGGGCUGCUCUGCUUUUGGCUAAACACCUCCAGUGGCCUGUUGUAGCAGAUAUCUUGUCAGGGUUGCGGUUGAGAAAGCUUUUAACUUCUCUUCCUGAUAUUGAAAGAAAUUUUAUAUUUGUUGAUAAUCUUGAUCAUGCUCUUCUCUCGGAAUCUGUCAAAGACUGGGUCAAGAUCGAUGUGGUUAUUCAGAUAGGAAGCAGGAUAACUAGCAAACGGAUCUGUCAAAUUAUUGAGGAAUGUGCUCCUUUUUCAUAUAUUAUGGUUGACAAACAUCCCCUUCGUCAUGAUCCAUCACAUAUUGUAACCCAUAGGAUACAAGCUACCAUUUUUGAUUUUGUGAGUUGUUUACUUAAGGAUACAGUUCCUUAUACAAGGAGCAUGUGGAGCACUUCCCUACAAUUGUUGAGUAAAAUGGUUGGAUGGCAGAUACAUUUUCAAAUUACUGCUGAGUGCUCCCUAACUGAACCUUAUGUUGCACAUGUGAUUUCAGAAGCUCUCUCCCCGGAGUCUGCUCUAUUUCUUGGUAACAGUAUGCCUAUUCGUGAUGCAGAUAUAUAUGGAUGUAGUUGGUCAGUAUGCAGGCCUAGUGUUCCAUCUCUUAUGCUGAAUUCAGACCUACCAAUCAACUUGGUGAGGGUUGCUGCUAAUAGGGGGGCUAGUGGUAUUGAUGGUUUACUUAGCACAGCCAUUGGUUUCGCUGUAGGAUGCAACAAAAAGGUUUUCUGUGUGAUUGGUGAUAUUUCUUUACUGCAUGAUACAAAUGGUCUGGCAAUUUUGAAGCAGCGGAAAUCGCGGAAACCAGUGACAAUUCUUGUGGUUAAUAACCAUGGAGGUGCAAUUUUCAGUGUUCUUCCUUUGGCAGAUAAAGUUGAACCCAGUGUACUGCAUCAAUAUUUCUACACCUCUCAUAACAUUUCCAUCCGUGAGCUAUGCAUGGCACAUAGCGUCAAACAUUUACAUGCGAAGACAAAGGUGGAACUUAAAGAAGCCUUGUGUGUAGCCCAAAAUGAACAAAUGGAUUGUAUGGUUGAAAUUGAGAGUUCCAUUGAUGCCAAUGCCGAUUUUCACAGAGUUUUGAAGAAAACCUCUCUCCAAACUGCACAACAUACCAUGAGAUUCCUCUCCGUGCCAUUCAGUCAAGGGUCUAUUAAAGACGAGUUCCGUUUACUCAAAAUUCGUAAAAUAUGGUGUUCAAAAUAUAGAAUUGCUCUAAGUGCUCCUCCAACAUCAGCAUCUGUUGGUGAUAAUUAUAAAGAAUUUUAUAGAGAAGGGUUUAUUUUAUCUGUAAUUCUUGAAGAUGGGAGUACUGGUUCUGGUGAGGUUGCACCUCUUGAGAUCCAUGAGGAAAAUCUAGUGGAUGCAGAAUAUCAAUUGAGGUUUCUUAUUCAUGUCAUGGAACAGGUUGAUAUUAGUUGCUUCCUCUCUAUAUUGAAAGGCUCAUUUUCAUGUUGGAUAUGGAAUGAGUUGGGCAUCUUGCCAAGUUCUGUUUUUCCCAGUGUCAGAUGUGGGUUCGAAAUGGCUAUCCUCAAUGCCAUAGCUGAUGCAAAAGGCUCAACCUUGUUGAACAUACUGCAUCCCCCAACAAAUGAGAACGGUGAUUGUGAAAGGUCAUUAGAAGUUCAGGUUUGUGCACUAAUAAAUUCAAAUGGAUCUCCAACUGAAGUAGCUAAUGUUGCUGCCACACUAGUGGAAGAAGGAUUUUCUGCAAUUAAGCUAAAGGUAGCACGUGGGGGUGAUCCAGUGCAAGAUGCCGCAUUAAUACAAGAAGUAAGAAAGAAAGUUGGUCGCCAGAUUAUCAUCCGUGCAGAUGCAAAUCGGAAAUGGACUUAUGAAGAAGCUAUGAAAUUCAGCUCUUUGGUUAAGGAUUGUAACCUGCAGUAUAUUGAGGAACCUGUUCAGGAUGAAGAUGAUAUUCUCAUGUUCUGUGAACAAAGUGGAUUACCUGUUGCCCUAGAUGAAACAAUAGAUAAAAUUCAAGAAAAUCCCCUGGAAAAGCUAGUGAAGUUUACUCAUCCAGGAAUAGUUUCUGUUGUUAUCAAGCCAAGCGUUGUUGGUGGAUUUGAGAAUGCAGCAUUAAUUGCACAAUGGGCACACCAGCUGGGGAAGAUGGCUGUUGUCAGCGCUGCAUUUGAAAGCAGUCUGAGUCUGGCUGCAUAUACUCAGUUUUCUAGUUAUCUUGAAAUACUGAGAUUGAGUACAUUCAAAGUGUUAAAUUAUAAGGAAGAACCUUCUGUAGCUCAUGGUCUAGGAACCUAUAGUUGGCUUAAGGAAGAUGUAACACCUAAUCCUCUUUUCGUUGGUCCUAAUCCGCUUAGUGGUUUUGUUGAAGCAUCUGUGGCAAAUGCGAGUCGCGUACUACAUAAUUUUGAAGUCAACCAGAAUGUUAUCUGCAAUAUGAUUACUGGGGAGCAAAUUUGUCAGUACCAAUUGAAAGUAGAGCAUAACAAUUUAUCUUGUUCUUUUGAAGUUCGUGAGGUUGGCCUAAAAUCAAAUGAAAAUGUAUUAGUAUUUCUUCAUGGUUUUCUUGGAACUGGUGAAGACUGGAUUACUAUCAUGAAGACCUUUUCCGGAUCAGCAAGAUGCAUUUCAGUUGACCUUCCUGGUCAUGGAAAAUCGAUAAUACAUGGUGUAAGAGGUGCUGGUGAGGUACCAUGGUUGUCAGUGGAGCUAAUUGCUGAUAUAUUACAUAAACUGAUUCACCAUCUAGCUCCUGCUGAAGUUACAAUAGUUGGGUAUUCAAUGGGAGCAAGGAUUGCUUUGUAUAUGGCUCUGACAUUUAGGAGUAAGAUUAAGGCAGCUGCGUUAAUAUCUGCAAGCCCUGGAUUAAAAGAUCCAUUAUCAAGAAAAAUUCGAGCAGCUAAAGAUGAUUCCAGAGCACGCUUUGUCGUUGAACACGGUUUACAACUUUUUCUCAGUUCCUGGUAUGCAGGAGAGCUGUGGAAAAGCUUAAGAAGUCAUCCCCAUUUCAAUCGAAUCAUUGCUAGUCGCUUGCAGCAUAAUGACAUACAGAGUCUUGCACAGAUGCUAUCUGGAUUAAGCAUUGGGAGGCAAACGGCAUUGUGGGAAGAUUUGCCAAAUUGCAGAGUACCUCUUCUUAUCAUACAUGGAGAGAAGGAUACGAAAUUUAAGAAAAUUGCUCAAGCAAUGAUGCAUACAAUAUGCUCUGGCUUGGGGAGGAAUGAGCACGCAGAAGGGAAUAACAUACAUCAGGUGGUUGAGGUUCCCAACUGUGGGCAUGCUCCACAUUUGGAGAAUCCUCUUCCUGUCAUUACUGCCUUGAGAAAAUUCAUGUCAAGACUAUGAAAGCUGUGCUGUCCAAUUAGAGGAUCAAAACAUCUUGUAUCUUUUAAACAUGUAACAUGUUAAUUACCUCAGAUUUAUGCAAAGUUCAGAAAUUACCUUGUAAGCAGCUAGCUCUAAACUUCCGGUUCCGGUGUAAUUGUUGCUUGCUAGUCUCGUAAGGGGUGCGAUAUUGUGUUUGUAUACAUCCCUUGUUAUUGUUAUUGUUAUUGUUGUUAAUAUUGUUAUUGUUAUUUUUAUUAUUAUUAUUAUUAUUAUUAUUAUUAUUAUUAUUAUUA